AUGACCACAGAAGAUUCAUUCCAGCUAUUCCCUACACCUUCCCUAUCCCCCUCACAGAUAAGCCCUCACGUCCUCCCGGGCAUCAACCCAGCUUCUACGGAGAGUUUGAAACGAGUCUUGGAGGACAAUCAAAAAACACAUCACAUCUUUUUCAACAACAAGGGGUUUCACAAUCACAUAGCUCAUCGUGUUCUUGCAGUAUGGGCUCUUGGAGCAGACAAGGAGGUGAUACAGACUUCAUACGAACGCGAUUCGGAGUAUCAGAGACCUGCGUUUGAAUCUCCAGAGCCAAUUACAAAUGAGAAUUUCAAUGAUCAUCUUGGGGAUGAAAGAUUCUAUAAUGCCUAUCUAAAAUAUUUCACCCACGAACUGGAAGCCAACAAAAACUCCGUCGGAACUGUCCUCGAGGAACAAAUCUUUUCAUCGUCUCGGAACUUUGGGUCCAAGAGCAAGUCAGGGAACCAUCCGGAGAUGUUGAAUCGUCUCUUAGCCGGUCUGGUGCACCCGAUGAUCCAUACGGGCUAUGGAUACGAGUUCGCGAUACCUGGGAUAGUUGCUGAAGGGCUUGCACAAGCCGCGGUCCAUGCAGCUUCAAGUAGCUCGUUAAUCCCACCUUCAGUGUUCACCUCCGAUCCUGUUCCUUCCGUCAGCUCGCUCUCCUCUCGGAUACAUUCAUUCACUUUUGGAAGGAAACUGAGUAAUGAAACUGUUUCGCGGGAUUCUACUACGGGUAUACACGCAUUCACAACCGUCUCCCGAAUCAUCAAAGACUCUUCUAUUCAAUUGGAAAUCAUCAAACGCGCAACGGAGGAGCACUCGUUGUCGAUGUAUGAGGCUACGUUGGCUGAAUCGGGGGAGAAGAUUUACAAAUAUGUUCAGGAGUGGGCGAGUGGGUUCGAUGGGAAGGAUCAUGAGGUUGUGAAGAAAAAAGUGGAAGAGUUGCAGUGGACGAACGCGUUAUUGUACGCGGUGUCUGGAUUGGAAGAGGGGGAAGAUAAGAACUUGAAACCGAGUUUCAAAGCCGAUUUUUUCAGGAUGCACCUUGUCACGUCCUCGUUAUUCUUACCCUCCCUUAUCGCCUAUCUUUCGCCUGCUUCCCAACACACCCUUUUACGAAGCUACUUUGCGAUAUGUCUCGUCUGGUGGGUUUCUCGAGGUAAAAUGCCUCUCGAUAUCAAACGGUUCUAUGAAUCUACUUCCACCACCGCGGACCAGCUCGAAUCAGCACCUUCCUCGGCACAUAAAAAUGCACUCGUGUCAUCCAACCCGAAUCCGAAUCCGUGGUUGGCAGUUGUGAACCAAGCGAUGAACCAUCCUGAUGAUCAUUUACCGAAGAUUCAGAGAGCGUUGGGGCAUUUUUCGACCUUAUAUGGGUCUAGGAUGCCUGGGAGCGCAGAAUUCAAGGAUACAGAGCUUGAGGGUGCGGAGGUUUUGGAUGGGACGUUCUUUGUGAGAGCUGCGAUUUUGACGGCUGAGAGGAUGGGGAGGGACAAGGGAGAAGGGGAGAGUUGGUGGGAUUAG